AGUGUGUGUUACACUGUGAACGUGGCUAUAGUGGAGUUGAGAGAGAGAAAGCAUGAAAAUUUGUAGUGGGUUUUAGUUUAGGAGUUGGGUUUAGAAUCUUGUUUGGAAUUGGGAGAGUGUGCGUGUGUGUGAGAGAGAGUUAUGUACAUAGCUUCCAUGGGAAGGUCUUUCAAGGACUCUUUGAAACUGCUUGAAGCUGAUAUUCACCAUGCCAAUACCCUAGCCUUUAGAGAAACUUGUCUAGAGAGGCUACAGAAAACAUACUUGAGUUCUGAAUGGUGUCCAAUGGAAGCGCAUCAGAUUUUCCAAGGGAAUAUGACGGUGCAUGCCUUCAGAUGAGAAUGUCAUACAGUAUGGCAGCACACCUAUUUCUCUUUUUGGUACAAUGGACAGAUUGCAAUCUUGCAGGGGCCCUAGGAUUGUUAAGAAUCCUAAUAUACAAGGUUUAUGUAGAUGGGACAACUACCAUGUCUACCCAUGAAAGGAAAGCAAGUAUUAGAGAAUUCUAUGCGGUCAUAUAUCCCUCAUUGUUGCAACUCCAAAAAGGUGUAACUGAUACAGAGGAUAAAAAACAGAAGGCUGUAUGCUUGGAGAGGUAUCGGAAAAGAGACGAAGAGGAGCACAGACAGCCUUCGGAUAUAGACAUUGAAAGGGAAGAAGAAUGUGGAAUAUGCAUGGAGAUGAACAGUAAGAUUGUGUUACCCGACUGCAACCAUGUCAUGUGCCUGAAAUGUUACCACGAAUGGAGAACAAGAUCACAGUCAUGCCCCUUUUGCCGCGACAGUCUGAAGAGAGUAAACUCAGGCGAUCUCUGGGUGUUCACUGAUGGUAGGGAUGUUGUAGACAUGGCAACAGUGACAAGAGAGAAUCUGAGAAGGCUUUUCAUGUACAUAGAUAAGUUGCCUUUGAUCAUUCCAGACUCUCUUUUUGACACUUAUGACUCUCAUCUAAGAUGAGUGAUUUUACUCACAGUCUGGUGUUGGAGGGGCAGUUCCUUUCAAUUUAGUAACAUAAACUCCGAAUGUCAUUCGGUAAAUUUAGUUUAUAGAGUCGCAGUGUUGCUUCCCACGUCUUUGCGAAAAAGUUUCCAACCCUGAGUUUACUGUGGGUUGGUGGUGAAGUGAAGGUGAGUAUGUUGCUCAUUUGUCUUUGUAUAUCCUGUACAGAUUGAAUUGCUUGUUCAGAAGAGGUCUGUUUCCAUAUUCUGUGUCUCAGAAGAGUACAUUUUUCAUGGAUCCCACCUAAAAUGCCUAUGUAGCUUUGAAUGGAGCAAAAUGAGUAUCUAUAAUGUGUUUCAAUUCUCUUCA